AUGACGACGUCAGCGCUCCCAGAGGACCAGGCACGCCUGCUUGAGGAUGCCUUGGUAGCCGUGCGACAGCAGACAUCCCUCAUGCGCAAAUGUCUCGACACACCUGGAAAGCUCAUGGAUGCCCUCAAAUGCUGCUCGACAUUGGUCUCCGAGCUUCGAACGAGCAGCCUCGGCCCAAAGCAAUAUUAUGAACUAUACAUGGCCGUCUUCGAUGCACUGCGCUAUCUGUCGGUUCAUCUCCGCGAAAGUCAUCCUGUCAACCACCUCGCCGAUCUGUACGAAUUAGUUCAGUACGCGGGCAACAUUAUUCCAAGGCUGUACCUCAUGAUUACCGUUGGCACGGCAUACAUGUCGAUUGAAGAUGCACCAGUCAAGGAGUUGAUGAAGGAUAUGAUGGAUAUGAGCCGCGGUGUUCAGCACCCUAUCCGUGGACUGUUUUUGCGAUACUAUCUCUCCGGUCAGGUUCGCGAUUACCUACCGACCUCCGACAGCGACGGCCCUGAAGGCAACCUGGGUGACUCGAUCAACUUCAUCCUCACCAACUUUGUGGAAAUGAACAAGCUGUGGGUGCGUCUUCAGCAUCAGGGUCACUCAAGAGAGCGAGAGCAGCGAAUUCGGGAAAGAAAGGAACUGCAGCUACUCGUUGGGAGCAACAUUGUGCGAUUGAGUCAGUUGGUCGAUCUCGAAACGUACAAAACCAGUAUCCUUGGACCAUUGUUGGAGCAAGUUGUGCAAUGCCGCGAUGUACUCGCCCAGGAGUAUCUUCUCGAGGUCAUCACGCAGGUUUUCCCGGACGAAUUCCACCUUCAUACUCUCGACCAAUUCCUUGGUGCCGUUUCACGCUUGAACCCCCACGUGAAUGUCAAGGCCAUUGUUAUCGGCCUUAUGGACCGCCUCUCAGAAUAUGCCGACCGUGAAGGAUCAAAAGACAAGGGACCAGAGCAAGAACAGAUUGAAGCAGAUGCGCUUGCGUCAUUACUUGAGAAGGUGAAGCUGCAGAAGGAAGCACCGCCAGCACCUGAACCUGUCUCGAAGCCGGAUUCCAGCUCACAGGAAGAUGACAGAAACAAGCCAGGCGAUGAGGACGCUGCCGCUGCUGGGUCAGAGGAGGGAGGAGGCGAGCCGCAAACUGAAGAUGGAGCAAGCACCAUUGCUGAGUCGGCAGCCCCCUCGACCGCCGAGACUGAUACGACAGCCGUCAAUGGGCAAGAAUCAGAUGGUACAAAUGUUCAGCUUUACGAAGUCUUUUUCACACAGGUCAAAAACUUGGUGGAGGCGCAACAUUUGCCCAUCCCAGAUAUCAUUGCACUGCUAGUUUCACUUUGCAAUCUUGCCUUGAAUAACUACCCCGAUCGCCUGGACUACGUGGAUCAGAUUCUUGCUUAUGCCACGCAAAAGACAAAGGAGAAUAUCAACAAUGCCGAUCUACACUCUCCGGCUGCGCAGCAAAGUCUCUUGGCCUUGUUGCAAGCACCCCUGACGCGAUACGUGUCAAUAUUCACAGCUCUUUCCCUUCCAACCUAUGUUCCUCUCUUCCAGUGCCAGUCAUACCCCACACGCCGUGCUGUAGCCGGCGGCAUAAUCAAGACGUUGCUCAAGGACCAGACGAAGAUCACCAAGACCGAACAACUAGAACACGUUUUGGAGAUCAUGUCGGUUCUCGUCAAGGAAGGGUCCCAAGCAUCUCAGGGAUACCCCGGCGCAUCCCAGCGGCGCUCGGUAGAGACGGACGAGACUCUGGAGGAGCAAGGCUGGCUGGCUCGGAUGGUACAUUUACUUCAAGCAGAAAAUAACGACACACAAUUCAAACUGUUGCAGAUGACGCGGAAAGCAUAUGGUGAAGGCAACGACCGCAUCCGAACCACCACGCCGCCACUAAUCACGGCUUGUGUCAAGCUGGCUCGGAGAUUCAAGGCCAGAGAACACUACGAUGAUAACUGGGAGACACAGAGCAAUGCACUCUUCAAGUUCAUCCAUUCAGCCCUUAGCACCUUGUACACUCGUGUGAGUGGACCUGGCAUUGCUGAACUAUCGCUCCGUUUGUUCUGUGUCGCCGGACAGACUGCUGAUAUGACCGGGUUUGAGGAGGUGGCGUAUGAGUUCUACGCCCAGGCAUUUACCGUGUACGAAGAGGCAGUAUCAGAUUCGAAAGCUCAAUUCCAGGCCGUCUGCGUUAUCGCGUCAUCGCUUCACCAAACUCGCAAUUUCGGCAAGGAAAAUUACGAUACACUCAUCACAAAAUGCGCACAACAUGGCAGCAAACUUUUGCGGAAGCCUGAUCAGUGCCGCGCUGUGUACUUGGCCAGUCAUUUGUGGUGGGCUACUCCCAUCGCAUCCAACGGCGAGUCGGAGGAAACAGAGCUAUACCGAGAUGGCAAGCGCGUGUUAGAAUGCUUGCAGAGGGCACUCCGUGUGGCAGAUUCAUGUAUGGAAACCGCGACAUCGAUUGAGCUUUUUGUGGAGAUUUUGGACAGAUAUGUUUAUUACUUUGAUCAACAGAACGAAUCGGUAGGCAGACCCCGAGACCAGCCGUUGGUGACGGUUGGCAUUGUGAUGCAAUAUGGUGAAAAAACUAACUGGUGGGCACUAGGUAACAACCAAAUAUCUUAA